AGGAGCCCCCCGCGAGGCCCGCGUUGCCUUUGCGUCUGGGGCGGAGGGGAAGGAAGGGAGGAGCCCGCGCCCUUCCUCGCCUCGCCGCCGGGGGGCGCCGGAGGGCGGGAGCCUUCUCUAUGUGCGAGUGGGCGGGGCCUCCACCGGAAGGGACGCCUUCGAACACGCCCCUCCUUCCGGGGAGCGAUCCUGGCGGAGGCCGGUCCGGGCCAAGGCGGCGAUGGGCGACUCCGGGGACGAGUUCCGGCAGCAGCGGCGAGGGGAGGCCCGUCGGGGUGCAGAGGCCAAAGGAGGCGGAGCGGGGAGCAGGCGGCGGCGGCGGCGGGGGGGAGCCCUCGGUCCGGUCCGGGCCCCUCUCUCCGCUCCGGAGCGCGGAGUGCAGUGCCAGCUCUGCCGGGAGGACCUCUCCGCCCUGGACCCGCUCCGGAGGGAGCUGCACGUCAACGGGUGCCUGGACCGGAUGGAGAGGCCUCCUGGCCCGCCCCCCGCCUCCAAGGAGGAGAAGGAGGAGGAGGAGGAAGGUCCGCGCAGGGGGCGGAAGCGCAGCAGCGGGGCCUCUCCCGCGGAGCCUCUGGCCAAGAAGAAGCGCCGGGCGCCCAGGGCCCUGGAUGAGGAGCUGCUGCUGGCCCUGGCCAUGUCCCGCUCCCUCCGGGAGGAAGAGGAGGCCCAGGCCAGGCGCCUGCGAGGGCAGAGGGGCCCCGGAGCAGAGAAGAGACGCCGCCUGAGGGCCCCUCGCUCACCGCCUCCGCUCUUGCUCCAGGAUCCGGAGAAGGCCCGCCGGGAGACGGAGGCCCGCGCGGAGGCCAUGCUGCUGCAGCUGCUCCCGGAUGCGGAGGAGCUCCCCAGCACCCCUCCGCUCCCGGCCAGCCGCCUCUUGGAGGCCCCCCGGGGCUUCCCUGGCUCCUUGUGGGCAUUCAGCUCAUUGACAGAAGAGGCCCUUCCGGGAAGCCGGGGAGACCUGGGCUUCUCCCUUCUGCCGCCGCCGGAGCAGGGCGCCUUGUUCCUGAGGCCAGGGCCUGCAGGGCUGCCAGGGCUGGGGUGCCUGGCCCCUGAACCGGGGUCUUCCCAGGCCCCCCAACCCAGCAGUCAGAGCAGGGAGGUCUUGGGCAGCCAGCACAGCGCAGAGGGGGCCCUGCAAGAUCUGGUGGAGCUGGCUGGAGAAGGGCUCACUCUCACCCAGUGGAACCAGGAUGUCCAGUGGCUGGAGGGACCAAGGCAAGAACAGGCUGUACUGAGGAGUGCUCCACAGAAGGCGCCUGUCCGCUUGCAAGAGGAGGAGAAGGAAGAGAGGGAGUCCUCAGGAAGCUCUCACCCAGCUGUAGGGGCAGUGCUGAGAGAAGUCUCUUCUCCACAGCUCAGCUCAUUGGCAACUGCUUUCGGAAUGAUGGUCAACAACCCCCAUCUGAGCGAUGUCCAGUUCCAGGUGGACAGUGGGGAGAUCCUCUAUGCUCACCUGUUUGUGCUUUAUGUUCGGUGCCCACAGCUUCUGGAAGUUAUUGACCGCACAGCCUUUAUGGUGGCCGAAGAGGGAGGCACUGGGACUCUCCGCAUGCUGCUGAGCAACGUCCCAGCGGAGGCUGUUAGUGCCUUCCUUAAGUAUCUCUAUGCAGCCGACCUCUGUGUUCCUCACCACCUGCAAUCCGACGUUGGUUGUCUGGCUGCCAGGUUUGGACUGCAUGAUCUGGCUGCUUUGUGUGGAAGCCGCCUUAGCUUCAAGGUUUCUGGAGGGAGAGAAGAUGGCGAUGGUGUUCGCGGUUGCGAUGGCACGGAGGACAUAGCUGAGACUUUUGAAGAGCUCUUGGAGUCCAUGUGGCAGGAUGAGGAUGAAGAAGCUGUCGUUAACUGUGUGCACCAAGAAGGAAACAGCAGCGCAACUGUGGGUGAAGAAGAACUAGAGGAGAUUUAUGAAUUUGCUGCCACCCAGCGUGGCUCUGCUGCUCGAGCUCAGAGGGAGGAAGAAGAAGGAGAAGAAGAGGAAAAGAAAGGCUGCAGCAAGGGCAAGGAGUGCCAGGGAGGGAGGUGGGAAGGCCCCCAUUUCACCAGUUCAAAGGAGGGGCUGGGGGACCCUGCAAUGAAUCCAGUAACAACCCCUGGUGCGGCGCCUCCCGCCUUGCCCUGCUCCCCUGAUGCUGGCCAGGGGGGAGGGCCACAGCAGUUGCCCCUUGUGCUGCAGGAAGGUGCCGGGGACAGGAGGAAGGGGAGGCUGCAGCAGUCCCUCAGAGCCCCUGCGGAGGUUUCUGCGCAAGGUUCUCUUGCAGAAGGCCAGAGAUGUUCCCUGCAGCCAAAGGGGGUUGGGAGCAGAGGCUCCGUGGGGAACCCUCUCCAAACAGUGCAGAAGGUGUUCCCCUGGGAUUCUCCCUGUGAGCCGAUUGUGCCAACUUUGCUUCCGAGGGAGUUGGUUCUGUCUCCGUCACCCAGUUGUGGGAUAGGCUCGACUAGGAGCCGUUUGCCACAUGCCCCGCACCUGUCUGCCUUCUUGCCAGGCCGAACUGGGAUGGGUUGUUCCUCCUUUUCCUCCCAGACUGCUCUGGAAGCGCCUUGUGGUGGGCCAGGGGAGCCCCUCUUGGGGGCGAAGCCUCUACCUGGGAGUCCUGGUGGCGGCCCAGUAGUAGUGCUGGAUUCAGACGAAGAAUGGGAGUCUGGAGCCUGUGUGGGAGGCCCACUGCUGAGGUUUGGUAGUUCCUCAGGCAAGAGCCAAGAGCUGCUGAGGCUGAGUAGUAGCAAUGAGGAGGACAGUGGUGAAGGAGGGGAGAUGCUGGCGCCAGACACUCCUCUGCCCAGUAGGCCCACCGUGGGCAGUCUGCCAAACACUGGCGCCAGCCUGAUGCCUGGGCAUAAAGGGCAGCAAUGGAUUGGAGAGAGCAGGGGGGGGUCUUCUCCAGAGAGGCCUUCUCUGAGGGACCAGCUGCCCCUUGCCUGUGAGCCUCUGCCGUUGCUCUUGCCCACUCCUUUGCCUGGCAGCAGUCCCUCCUGGGAUGAUGUGGUCAUUGUGGAUGACAGUAAGGAGGACCAGGAAGAGGAAGGCACGCCAGUCUGGCAGCAUGCAGCGAGAACAGCAGAGGCUGGUAAUGCCAACAGCCAGCCAGGAAGCCCCUCUGGACCUAUGGACUCAGAAGAUGGGAGCCCGCUUGCUGGAGGAGGCUGUGGGCCCAGCUCAGAAGGGGCUGCAGACGAUUCUGACGGCAGCGAGAGUCUGCCUCUCACCCAGAGAUCGCCCUCUUCUCCUGCGGUCCCAACUCAGGCCACCCCUGAUCCUGCUGGCCAACUCGAGAGGCUGCUGCCUGUGACCCCGCUCACCCCGAUGCCCUCCUACUCAGUCAUGGCAACUCCGGUGCUGAAGAAGGAGCUGAAGAGGUUUGGAGUCCGCGCCCUUCCCAAGCGCCAGAUGGUCUUAAAGCUAAAGGAGAUAUUUCAGUUUACUCACCAAAGGAGGGAUGGCAAGUCCAAGGGAAGGGCUGCGGCUGCCCCACUGGCGCCACUGCCCUGUCCAGCAGGGACCAUCUGGGAGAGCCAGCAGAUGGUCGGCUCCAGGGAUCUGUGUGGAGAGAGCGCCCAGGAGGCUGAGCUGCAUGGCUUUCCAGGUGGCUCAGAGCAGCGGAAGUGGAGGACAGCCUUGCCUGCUGCUGGAUUCACCCUUGGAAGCAAUGCUGGAUCUGGAGGCUGCCUUCCCUCUCCCCCAGCGUCCCAGGAGUCCACCUCAUCCUCUGUAGCCAGCAGUGAGACUUCGGUACUGUCCCACAGUUCUCCUUUGUCUGAGUUUGAGACCAGUGUACUGGAGGAGGAGGAGGAGGCGCUUGCACCCGCCGACAAAGACGAAGGCAAGCUGGAGGCCUUUCGCCACUACAUACGUUCCACACCGUCUCUUUGCCGCCAGAUCUUACUUUACCAGCCCAUUGAACUGGCUGUGCUUCAGGCAACACUGAGGCAAAGUGGCAUCAAGAUUGCUUUGGGCAAGUUGCUGGACUUUCUGGAUGCUCACUGCAUUACCUUCACCACUGCAGAAGCCCGGAGAGAAAAGCUUCGGCACUCGCAGCCAGGCAAGAAAAGGCGGGGGCAGAGGCACCGGCGCUGAGCUUUUCUGGGAUGGUUGUGAUGGGGCUCCAGCCGCUUACUUUGCACUUCCAUGUCUGUGUUCUGGCGUUCUGCUUGGGGCCUUCCUUCGUUCCAGGCCAGAUGGUACCUUCUUUCAUAGAUCUCUUUUGAACUGAGCCUGCCUUAGCUUUGAGGAGACAGGUCCUCUUCCCCCCAGGUCAGAUCUUUGGAUUCAGAUCCUAAGAGUACCUUGUUGGAGUAAGGAAGCGGCCGGACAGCGCUCCUCUGCUGAUGCUGGGGCUUUUGGGGGACCCUGGCUUGGGUGACAACUACUUGAAUGCCAGUUGUCCAUUUUCAGCCAUGCAGCACUUUGAAUCUCUUCUUUAUAUACUGGAGUUGUGAAAUAAUAGUUUUAUUCAGGUUGUUCUGGUCUGUAAUAAAUACUGUUUUUCACUGUGA